AUGGUCUACGUCCGAUUCUUCAAAUCCAGUUACUUCCUCUCUAGCACCACUUUAGUUUAUUUUUAUAUCAAGCAUUCUAAAAUAAUUAGUCUCAUCACCUCGUCUACACAUACGAUAGAAAAAUUUCGUCACCGCGCCAAUAUUCCCUCCCACUCACCCCCACAUUCCAUGCCAGCGAUCCAGCUGCUCAUACUAGCCAUUCUCGCGCUGCGAGCAGGGUGUUUUAGCAUAGCUGGCAACUCCCAGAGCUCCUUUCCUUGGCUUACAGUAAACAGAGACACUACUGGCCUGUAUUUCGUAAACGCAUCCGUGGGAAGCCCCGGCCAGCUACAGAUGCUUCGAGUCGACGUGGUCCAGCCUUACCUAUGGAUCUUUUCAAAUAAACUGGAAGAGAGUCGUGAAGAAGACAAUGAGGACGUAAGCGAUUCGACUUUUUACGAUCCAUCGAAGAGUACCACCUCUCAAAACAUAUUCAAUAAUGAGGUUUUUGAAAUACAGUUCAUGGACCACAUUAGCUACAAUGCGUCCACGUAUAUGGACACUGUUGAGUUUCUGUACGACUCCAGUCAAAUCAACGAAAGUCAGGCUCAAGCAACGACCAACGAUUCCGGUAACACAAUAAGUUGGAGUGGAAAUUCCAGCACUUUACAAUUUCAAAAAACUUCCUUUUUCAACGCUGAUAGCGUUGCGCUUUUUUUGCAACAAGGAGCUUUGGGUCUAGGUGGUAAGAUUCACUACCAAGGCGAUGCGUCUGAUAGUUCGAACUACAAUGAAUCAUUUUUCUUCCUAGAUCAAAUGGUUGGUCAAGGACUCAUAAAUUCCUCAUCAUAUUCCCUCUGGCUCGGUGGUGAUACCAGCGAUCCAUUAGUGGCUUCAAACCUGCUGAACCAAUGUGGUUCCAUCAUUUUAGGAGGAGUUGAUCAAUCAUUAUAUACUGGAGAUUUUGUCAAAUUUGACACCUUGCCCUUUUACGACCCCCGAACCCAGCAAACCUCGCGUGGAUACCCCAUAAUACCGCUGAGUAAGGUGGACGUACAAUCCAAAUCAGGACAAAUUUUGAAUUUAACAUCUGAAUACUUUCUGGAACCUGUUUUGCUCGAUUCUCGUUAUCGGUACAAUUACCUACCACUAAAUUUGAUUGUUCAAAUAGCCAUGCAAGCGAAUGCCUACUACGUGGACUCUUUAGACCGCUGGCUAUUGAGUUGCGAAGUGGGGUCAAUGGGAGCCUCUAUACUUUUCGAAUUUGGCAACUUAGUUAUAAGUGUUCCAUUAAGUGAUAUGAUGGGUCCCACAUUUGACUCUGCGACCAACGAUACUCUCCACUUUUCCAACUCCCAACCGGCAUGCGAGCUGAGAGUUUUGCCGAAUACGAAUGCUGGCUUCAGCAUUCUAGGAGGUCCUUUCAUCAAGAAUGUAUAUCUGGCAGCAGAACUUGAAAGUCAUCAAAUAGCCUUGGCACAAGCAUCGACACUAUCAAGGUCCACAAGCUUGAGUACAACAAAGGCAUCAUCAUCAUCAUCUACUCUUAGCCACUCCACUGCAUCCACAGCCGAUGAUAACUCGACUAACUACAAAUUACGGUUUGCUACUAAAGUUCCAGAAUUCGAUGUCAAAGACAACCCUUCAGCCAUCAGAUCCGGAAUCAUUCCGUUUGCCACAACUAACAACUACUCUUCAUACGAGACCUUGAUCUUGUAUGCUACGGCUUCCGUAGCCUUAAUGUCCGAUUCAAAAAUAAUGAAUCAGUUCACGGCGACCAUCUCAUCCGAUGGUGUCAUUUUCACUGGACGAUCUUUUUACAAUACAAGCUACUCCUCGUCGCCGUCUUCAACUAGUGCAAGCAGUAAAAAGCAGUCAAAUAGUGCGGAAAGAAACACAUUUAUCAAGGGGUCUGCGACGACGAGUCUUCGGACUUACAUUCUUCUAUUCUUGCUGCCAUUGGUUUUAACUAUGACAAUUGUCAUAUGA